ACAUAGCAAGAAUGAAAGGAAUCAAUUUAUCAUUGAAUGCUUUAUAAAACCAUCAUUUCCAGGAGACCUAUUGUCCCUUAAAGGCUUUUAAUACAGUAUUUUAUCACAAUUUCAGAUAACUCAUAAUCACAAAAAUCAUUAUCUAUCUUCUUAGCAAUGUUUGCAACACGUCAUGCUCUAUCAACUGAGCUAUGAAGGAGCACGUAGACGUCACUAGAAUGAUGACAAGCAAUUUUAACGGAUUCUAAAGGGAAUCAGAAUUCCAAACUAAUUUCUAUGGCAACACAGUUGUCAAUUUUGUAAACAAUCAUUUUCGAACGUGUGUUGCCAAGAGACAUCUAACCGACGUUCUAUGGAACGUUUUCUGUGCGAAAACAACAACUUUGCUGCUGACAACAAACUUGUUUGAUUUUUGAGACCUGAGAACAAUCGACUGGAAAAUGCCUGGGUGCUUUUCAAGACUGGCGGAGAGAGUGCGUGGACGUCGGCGGCCUACUGCGUCGACAGGUUGUUCAAAUUCAUUUGUGGCUUGUUUUUCUUGUCUUUUUCUGUUUUGCAGGGUUCGUGAUCGUCGACAGGUGGACAGCGACUUCGAAGAGGAAACAACUGUCCUGGAUGAGGUCCAGUUGGAUGUGCCAUUGGAUGAUGUGCCAGAUGUUCCACAGCUGCCAGUCCUCCUUGAUGUCCAGAAUGCUGCUAUCAUCCUUGAGGAUGUGCCAGAUGUGCAGACUAUCCUUGAGGAGGCCACUGGCAAUUGGCAGUUGAUUCCGAUUAGGUUCAGCCCCCUGUACUGUGGGCCUGUUGUGAUCAGGAACAAUGCCGGUCCGGUGGUUAAAGCUUGGAGAACUUUCCAGUUCAUCAGCCCCAUCAUCACCUACAUGCGUGGGGGAUCCCAGCAAGUGGUGGUGAGGAUGCACCACGUGAGUAGGGUGAGAGGCCUGGAGACUCAACUGGUGUGGGCCAUCUCCAAGGAGACAGCCAUGCUUAGUCCAGAGGGCAUCCCCUACUGUGCCACCAAAGUGCAGUCCAUCACUUGGAUCCAGCGUGUGGCUGGCAGGGUGACCCACUAUGCGUCUCACCUCUGCCACGAGACGUCUGUGGACGUGACGCUUGGCUGCUACCAGCAGACUGAUGUCUCAGUGGUGUAUGCCACUCUCCACAUGGGGCUGGAUGGGCUUCUCUCCUCUUCAGCGUGGUCGGAGGCCGCCUCCUUCUCUACGCCCACCACUCAGCAGUUCACUGACCCAGAGCCUGAGGGCCACAACUGCUAUGAGGGCUGGGAGGAGGACCUGCUGCCUGAGGAGAGGGAGGUUCCUCUGCUAAACCUCUACCUUACCACCAAGAGAGUGGAGGACAUCGCCCUGAGGCUCGUCUCCCUGCGCCAGGCCUUCACUACCCUGCUUGGUUCCACCCUGAGCAGGAACCAACUGUUUGUGGCGGGAAAGGUCCUCCUGGGCGCCCUGGUUCAGGCCAACCACAUGGACGAGGCCAAGUUCAUCCGUACCUAUAACGACUUUGUGGACUACCUGAGUGACCCCUCCAAGCGGAAUGACAUUGAGAGGGAGCUGGCUGAGGCAAAGAUCCAUCAUGUGAACAUGAUAGAUGUCCUCUUUGAGCUGGUGCUGUUUGGGAUGAUGACAGCUCAGAAGUCCCUGAUGGUGCACCCUGGUGGGUUCGUGGAGCGUCUGUACGCUCUCCUGUACUCCUUCCUGCCCACUGCUGCCAACAUGGAGCCUGAGGCUGACAGAUACCUGCUGCUGCUCAAUGAUUCUUGUGACACUUUGCCACUCAACAGGGAUCUAGACACCAAUGCACUACAUAACUUUGCACUGAAUUUGACAUUUUAAAAUAAAAUAAG